AUGGCCACCGCCCCGCCUCCAGGCAAGUUCGAGUUCCUCGUCAUCGCGCCCGACAAGCCCAACGCCCGUGAGAAGCGUCUCGAAGUUCGACACCUGCACUUCGAGGGCAUGGUCCCCUUCCGGGAGGAUGGAACCUGGAAGACCGGUGGCGCCCUUCUCAACAGCGUCCCCAAGGACGAUAACCCCGCUAGCCUGGACUUCAUGGGCAGCACCAUCGUGGUUGUUGCUGAGUCGGUCGAACAGGUCCGCGAGCAGUUGAGCAAGGACAUCUACGCCACCUCGGGUGUCUGGGAUAUGGAAAAGGUCCAAAUCUAUCCCUUCAAAUGCGCCUUCAGGAACCCUUGA